UUGGAUUUCUGGACUGUGACAGACCCCAUCCAAUCAUUUGGGUUUUGCUUUUUUAUUUUUCUUUUUUUCUCCUUCAUCUUUUUCUUUUGCCCAGCACAUUGUAUUUUGAUUUUGUACUUCAGCAAUGGGCCUGCAGACCACACAGUGGCCCAGCCAUGGGGCCUUUCUCCUGAAAUCGUGGCUUCUCAUUUCCCUGGGGCUCUGCUCACAAGUGUCCAAACUCCUGGCGUGCCCCAGCGUGUGCCGCUGCGACCGGAACUUCGUCUACUGCAACGAGCGCAGCUUGACCUCAGUGCCUCUUGGGAUCCCGGAGGGCGUAACCGUGCUCUACCUCCACAACAACCAAAUCAAUAACGCGGGGUUCCCUGCAGAACUGCACAACGUCCAGUCGGUGCACACGGUCUACCUGUACGGCAACCAGCUGGAUGAGUUCCCCAUGAACCUCCCCAAGAAUGUCCGCGUCCUCCACUUGCAGGAAAACAACAUCCAGACCAUCUCGCGCGUGGCUCUUGCCCAGCUCCUGAAGCUGGAAGAGCUGCACCUGGAUGACAACUCCAUCUCCACGGUGGGCGUGGAAGACGGGGCCUUCCGGGAGGCCAUCAGCCUCAAGUUGCUGUUUCUCUCCAAGAACCACCUGAGCAGCGUCCCCGUGGGGCUCCCUGUGGACUUGCAGGAGCUGAGGGUGGAUGAGAACCGGAUCGCUGUCAUUUCGGACAUGGCCUUUCAGAACCUCACGAGCUUGGAGCGGCUCAUUGUGGACGGGAACCUCCUGACCAACAAGGGCAUCGCCGAGGGCACCUUCAGCCAUCUCACCAAGCUCAAGGAGUUUUCCAUGGUGCGGAACUCGCUCUCCCACCCCCCGCCUGAUCUCCCAGGGACGCAUCUGCUCCGGCUGUAUCUGCAGGACAACCAGAUCAACCACAUCCCUCUGACAGCCUUCGCCAACCUCCGGAAGCUGGAACGGCUGGAUAUCUCCAACAAUCAGCUGCGCGUGUUGACCCAGGGGGUCUUCGAUAACCUCUCCAACCUGAAGCAGCUCACGGCGCGGAAUAACCCUUGGUUCUGUGACUGCAGCAUCAAGUGGGUCACCGAGUGGCUCAAGUACAUCCCUUCCUCUCUCAACGUGCGGGGCUUCAUGUGCCAGGGGCCCGAGCAAGUCCGGGGGAUGGCCGUCAGGGAGCUGAAUAUGAAUCUGUUGUCGUGCCCCACCACGACCCCGGGCCUGCCUGUCCUCACCCCGGCGCCCAGCACCGCCGCUCCAACCACCGAGCCGCCCACGCCCGCUGGCCCCACCCCGAGCAAAAGCUACCCGCCUCCGACUCCUACCACCUCCAAAGUCCCCACGGUUCCCGACGGGGAUGGCCGAGAAAGAGGGACCCCGCCUCUUUCGGAGCGGAUCCAGCUGUCCGUGCAUUUCGUGAAUGACACUUCCAUUCAGGUCAGCUGGCUGUCGCUCUUCACCGUGAUGGCCUACAAACUCACGUGGGUGAAAAUGGGCCACAGUCUAGUCGGGGGCAUCGUGCAGGAGCGCAUCGUCAGUGGGGAGAAGCAGCAUUUGAGCCUGGUCAACUUGGAGCCCAGGUCCACCUACCGGAUCUGCCUGGUGCCCCUGGAUGCGUUUAACUACCGGGCGGUGGAGGACCCCGUGUGUUCCGAGGUCACCACGCACGCCUCGUACUUGAACAACGGCAGCAACACUGCCUCCAGCCACGAGCAGACGACGCCCCACAGCCUGGGCUCCCCUUUCCUGCUGGCGGGCCUGAUCGGGGGCGCCGUGAUCUUCGUGCUCGUGGUCUUGCUCAGCGUCUUCUGCUGGCACAUGCACAAAAAGGGGCGCUACACGUCCCAGAAGUGGAAAUACAACCGCGGCCGGCGGAAAGACGACUACUGCGAGGCGGGCACCAAGAAGGACAACUCCAUCCUGGAGAUGACGGAGACCAGCUUCCAGAUCGUCUCCUUAAAUAACGAUCAGCUCCUUAAAGGAGAUUUCAGACUGCAGCCCAUUUACACCCCAAACGGGGGCAUCAAUUACACAGACUGCCACAUCCCCAACAACAUGCGAUACUGCAACAGCAGUGUGCCAGACCUGGAGCACUGCCACACGUGACGGCCUGGCGCGCAGGGACCCUCCCGGGAACACACACGUGCGCGCGCGCGCGCAAGAGACACGCAGGUUACAUUUGAUAAAUGUUACUCGGAUGCAUUUGUGCAUUUGAAUACUCUGUAAUUUAUACGGUGUACUAUAUAAUGGGAUUUAAAAAAAAAAGUGCUAUCUUUUCUAUUUCAAGUUAAUUACAGACGGUUUUGUAAACUCUUUGCUUUUUAAAUCUUACAAAAUAUAUAUAUAGUUGCUGAAGUACUGUACAGGGUUGUACAAAGAGAACCCAACGCCAAGGCGAAAGAACCGGUGAUUCUUCCUUCCGAUGCACAUUAACCACUUUGCUGUUGACGCGGUCAGGAUACGUUCCUUUUCCUAGAGCUGGUGGUCAGAUGAAAGGGGCCAUGAACAUGGACUCAUCGGGGUAGGAGAAAUAAUAGGGGUCAAACAAAAGAUGGCCCAGAUAUCUUCAUGCUAUUUCUAUACUUCCUGGUCUGGAAGGAAAGUUUAAAAAAAAAAAAAAGCCAAAAUAUAAGAAAGGAGGUAGUUACCCUGAUUUGACCCAAAGCAGGAAAUGGAGAGAGCAUUACCAGGAAGGCAGUUCCUGUGAGAUAAGUUAACCCAAACGGGCGGCAUCAAGAAAAUGAGGCGAGUUUUGAACAAACCCUCAAACCCGGGGGGUUGGUGUUCUGACCAGGAACUUAAAAAAAUCACUCCUCAGUGCUUCCCUGGUCCUAUGUGAUGACAGAGUUAGAGACCCGAGUCUGAUUCUACUCACCUUCAGGGACAGGUACGAUGUCCCAGCAAGAAAAUUCCCUUUAGAAGUGUUACUAUUCAAAGUAUAUGUCAGGUUGAAUCACAUUCAACAGAGAUAUAUUCUAGAAUACUUUUUUUAGAAGAGGCUAAUAAAAAUAAUGGGAAGAUUAUAUUGAAUGGAAUUAUUUUUGAUAAUGAGAAUUAUUUGGUAGAGUCACUGCAGCUAUGUCAACAUGAUAUUGACACAAACAAGGGGUCAUCAGUGUUUGGAAUAGACUAAAACAGCUCGGUAUUUAAAAAUUAUUGAUACUCUUCAGACAAAAGCAAGAGAUCAGUGGUUCUGCUAUACUGUCAACUGCCUUUGUUAGUAUCAUGUUGAAAUAGCUUGAACUAAUACCUUUAACCCCUGGCAAAUUCUUGUCUUCCAAUCACCUCACAUAUAUUUUCAUAAUUAGCUGUUUAUGCUGUUUGAUUUUCUCCCCGCUCUGCUCAAAAUUUGAAAGAAAAUUAUGAAUGCCAGUCUUGGUUGCACAAAAUAUCCAUAUAUACUUUAAAAUGUAUACUCAUUUUCACCGCUAAUAAUUCUAUAAGGAUACAUCAAAACUGAACAAAAAUGCAUUUUAAAAAAAACAACAAUAUUGAGUUUUCUCCUUGGACUGACUUUGAUUCUGUCCCAUUUUGAAAUUUUAUUUAUUCCUUUUCAAUCUUGGAUGUUCCUCUUCUUUGGGAAUUGCAGAGGGAUAAUCAAUCCUAUAUUAACAUGAUAACAGAUGAAAAAUGAACAAGUCAGAGAGCCAAGGUUUUUUUCCCCAAUCUUGGCAGGGCUGGGCACAGAGCAGAGGGCAUAGAGAAGAGAGGGAUGUUCGUGCUUCAAUCUGGACCAUUUUGAGGCAAUGCCCAUCUUCAGAAAGCAUAUAUAAUUUCCUCCUUUCCAUCCCUUAGAUUUAGAAGGGCUAUAGACCUCAUAUAUCCUCUGAAAAAAUAUACCCUUGGCAAAUUCUUUUCAAAGUCAAAUUUAGGCAUUUCACUCUGUGUUGCAUAUUUCCUCUACCACUGGCCAUUAUUUUAGGGACCCAUAAAGUUAAUGUCACAAUCAUUUUGUGCUUGCGCUCACUCACACACACACUCUCUCUCUCUCUCUCUCUCUCUGUCACUCACUUUUAACAAAAUAGAACUGUGAUGUGUCUUCUUUGUAAGUUUAGGUAUAAAAUGCUAUGCAAGUUUUUCUUUCUAGUAAGAGCUUUAUUUUCUUUAAUAAUAUAGCCCCAACUUAUAUGUUUUACCCUUCCUUGUCCCUCAGAAUAAGCAGAAAACAUAACUGAUGAUAUCAUGUUCUAGACACAAGAAUUGAAACUGUGCAGUCAGUUGAGCUGAAAUUAACUAUGAAUUAAUUGAAUUAAUUCUACAGUGAUUUUUGAUUUCCAUUUUAGUUGAUUAGCUAGUGAGUUUUGGCUGUUGCUUUUCUAGAGCUAGGACCACACAGUGAAGUGAUAAGACAAUCUUUGCAGGUGAUCAGUAAUAAAGCAGUGAACCAUCUAAACUUCAGGACAAUGCCAUGGGGUUUUGUGUAUUCAACUGGAUAAUUCACUUCCACCUCCCUCUUCACCUUGGCUGUGUAGAUAAAACUAUGUGUUCAAAUGAUGGUACUUUGACUUUUGAGGUUGUUUUUCCUUUUAUUCACAGAAUAAUCACUCUUAUUUAUUUGUGUUGUGUGUCUAACCCCUAGUGGGAUAUUUGGCUGCUGAAAUGAUUUACUCUGGGCCAAGGUUGGAGAGGUUCUUUAACAUCUUAUGGGAUUCACAGAAUUAUUUGGGGCUUAAGUGGUAUAUUUUACUAGUCCUGUAAAAUGGUUAAGAUAAUCGCUAAAGGUUCCUUUGCUAGAAGAUGCUCCUGAAGAGAGAGAAUCUGGUUACAUCUUGUAGUGCAACAUGACAAAGAUGGCUAACAUGAAAAGCAGUUCCCUGUUUGUAAUCACAUACCCGAGGCGCUCACCUACACCAAGAUGAGAAACAUAUCAUGGGAUUUGUAAUAUGGUAUGUGUUUUAGAAACACUGCUAAACAACCAUCAGUGGUGAAUUAUGCUUCGAGGUAUUUGGGCCUGUUUUGCUGGCAUCGUUAUGUGUUCUGAGGUGUUCAGUCGAGAGUCUAAGUUGAAGGUGCAGGCCAAGAGUGUGAGCAAAGCCAUACCCACUGGCUUAUAAAGAGCUUGAUGCUGUCUGACCAAGUGAGCUGAUUUCAGAGUAGGCCACCAACAUGCAGAGGAAAUUCUUAAAGGAAAAGGCAUAGUCAUGAUCAUAGAGAUAUUACUGACCAUCAUUCAUGCCCAGGGUCAUCAUUAAUACCUGCUUGUUUAAGGGAAUGUGUUUGAUCAUGGUGGGACCCUGGGCUUUCCUCAAAACUACCAGAUGCAUUAGUGGCCCAUCAGAGGGGACAGUCACAGGCAGAGACUGGACUGCGUUCCCCUCGUUCUACCCUGUGAGAAAUAUUGCAAUUUCUAAUUAUCUGGAUGUUGGUUGAAAAUACAUUAGAAUUUCCCCCGCCCUGAGGUUAAAAAAAAAAAAAAAGGUGUAAUGUGACCAGUCUGGUAAGAAGUAUUAAUGAAGUAGCUAAUAGUACAGAUCUGUUUCCUACCAGUGCAGAUGAUAAUGGUUUCAGACAUUUCACAGGAGUCAGAACUUCCCCACUGAGGACAUGCUCUUCGUGUGAGCAGAGCAUCCAUUCCAAACACAGGGAGCAGAUGGGGUCCUUGGCCAGCGAACCUCAGCUGCAGAGCCCAUAGCAAACUUUGACAGUGAAGUGGUUACUUUCCAUUGACUUCUUUGUUCAUAACACCUUUCUCUAACCCAUCACAAGGAGACAUGACGUUUCACUUUAGAAGGUGAGAAUAACUUUCCAGCUGCCUGGGAAAGCAAAGUAGGAAAGAGUGGCCAAUUGGGAAAGAGAUAUAUACACAGAACAAACGAAAGACCCUUCUGGUCCUCAAUCCUGUCAAGCCUUGCCUGAGGCUCUUAUUUUUAACGCUAAGCUCUAAUAUAGAAAGCUGUCAUUUACAUCCUUCCCUGAUGUCUUCAGCAGGAUAGAAAGACAGUACUGGCGAUGGGGGAUGCUUGUCACUGAGUGUGGGGAGAACGUUUUGUACACAUAUGACACACAAAUCAUGUCAUUUUGCUAAGCGCCUCGUUUUUCUAGCAGCACACCCACCAGAAGAGCACAAAGCAAGGCCAUCGCAACAGGCAUUUUUAAACAAGUGUAAAACACGUGUGUGCACACACAAACGCACAUGCUGGGGCAUUUGUAGAGAGAUGGGAUGUCAGAUUUAUAACCUUUCAGAGGCAAGAUGAAGGCGUUGCCACUGUGUGUCCCUCAGAGGACCAGUAUAUCUUCACUGAAAGUUAACCCUGAUGAUGUGUUAUUGUUUGAAUCAUAUGUUGAUUUGCUUCUGUUCUCGUGUGUUCUCGCUGACAAGGGACUGCAAGGGGCUGGAAGAUUCUGCAUCGCUCACCCUCUGAGACCUAUCAUGUCACACACUUUGUUAACUACAAAUUCACUCUACACUAUACAGUACCUUGUUGAUAUAUUCAGUAAAGGCUUAUUUUAAAAGAAAACCACAUUGUGUUUAUCUGAGUAAAUUUAUUGGGUUACAGCCAACGCUUGUUAAUGGUAGAGAAAUGAGGGAUGGUUCUAUAUCAUACCGGAAGAAGGCAGGAAUGAAGGAGGGAAUAAGGUUUUUAUUCUCUCCUACCUUGAAGACAAUGUUGGUGUUUUAAGAUCAUUUGACUCUUUUCAUGUAAAGGUUUUACAUGAAAUCUUCAUGUUCUCUUCUAUUUCUUAAAUCGUGUGUUCCCAAAAAUAUCUUUAAAAUGUAAACACAUACUUUGAGCAUAUUAUUUUGUAUUUGUGAAGCCUAUGUUGUUUAGCAUAUAAGUAAACACCAAUGUAGUUAUCUAAUCAGAGUAGUCUUUUCCCUUAUAAAUUAUUGGCUUUAAAUGUCAAUUUUCCUUAAGAAUUCUUCUGGUUUUCUACUUCCGAAUUUUUUAUCGCUCAUCUACCUAUACUUUUAAUUAGCACUCAUGAAAAACUAUCUAUCCAUAUGCCCAAAUUUGACUCUGGAUUAAUUUCAUGAUCUUCCAGGCCCCCCUCCCCUUUUUCUAAAUCCCCUCUUGGCCAUUUCACUAAUAAUAUAUUAGAGAUUAAAUCAGGAAAUAAAAUCAUGACACUACAGUUAACUAGUAUUAAUUAUUUGUAGAAUCUCUAUUGGAAAAAUAACUAGCAAAGGCAGUGGUAAUGAGUGAUUCAUAUUAAGUCUGGGAGAUUUCAUUCAAAAUAAUGUUCAUGUGUUUUGGGUUACUUUUAUCAAGGGUUACAGAACUUAUUCUAAGAAGACCAGAUCCUUAGUUGAGGAAUAUCAUUCAUUCAAAAAAGUUUAUUAAACUUCUGCUCUGUUCCAGGCACUGGGCUGUGUUUAGAGGUCUUAUAGGCGACUAAAAUACAGUCUUAGCCAUAUAAAAUAUACCUUCUACUCCACAAUGUUCCUAAAGAAAUAUGUUUGCUUGUUCAAUGUAUUUACUCCUCAUCCACUUUAUAUGGAGGAUCAUGUUAGGUUAUAGAGGGGAUCAGAGAAAAGUAUGACCCUACUGCUAAGGAGCUCACAGAUUAUGUAAUAAACUCAUGUUCUCACUCAUUCUAGUGUCUGAGAGCCUAUGUAAUGACUUCACACUCAUUAAACUCAACAAAGUA